UCUUGGUGAGGCUGGAAGGAUGCAGCCAUCCUGUUGUGAUGAAAGGCUUGUGUGCAGAAUGUGGCCAGGACUUGACUCAGAUGCGAAGCAAGAAUGGAAAGCAGAGUGUGCCGUUAUCCACAGCAACUGUGUCCAUGGUUCACAGUGUCCCUGAACUGAAAGUCAGCUCUGAACAAGCAGAGCAGCUUGGAAGAGAAGAUCAACAGCGACUACAUCGAAAUCGAAAGCUGGUGCUCAUGGUAGAUUUGGACCAGACAUUGAUCCACACUACGGAACAGCACUGCCAACAAAUGUCUAAUAAGGGAAUAUUUCAUUUCCAGUUAGGUCGAGGUGAGCCGAUGCUGCAUACUCGUUUGCGUCCUCAUUGUAAGGAAUUCCUGGAAAAAAUUGCCAAGCUGUAUGAAUUGCAUGUUUUUACUUUUGGCAGCAGACUUUACGCGCAUACAAUUGCAGGAUUUUUGGACCCUGAAAAGAAACUUUUUUCCCACCGGAUAUUGUCAAGGGAUGAAUGUAUCGAUCCGUUUUCUAAAACUGGGAACCUUAGAGAUCUCUUCCCGUGUGGGGAUUCCAUGGUUUGCAUCAUUGAUGACAGAGAGGAUGUCUGGAAGUUUGCACCCAACUUGAUAACUGUGAAGAAAUACGUGUACUUUCAGGGCAUAGGAGAUAUUAAUGCACCUCCUGGAUCAAGAGAAAUUCAAAUGAAGAAGAAAGUAAACAACUCUACAAAACCAGAGGCACUGGAAGUGACAUCAGCGAAAGAUGCUGAGGAAAUAAAGAACGUUCUGUGCGUAGAAGAGCAAAGCAAUGGCCUCAAAGCUCCGAAGGACACUUGCACUGCCAAUGGAAGUACUUCUGUAAGCAGGGACACAGCUGACUGGGAUAGGAACUCUCGUGAGACAGUUAAUGCCCAGGACUCCGUAAACGAUAGCACUGAUCACAAAACGGCCAGUGAGGCCACUGACAAUUUGACAAAUACAAAGGAAUCUCGGGUUUUUUCAGAACAAGCUGAUAGAACGGCGACGGAGAAGCAGCAAACCCAGGACAAGGCAACAAACGACUUGGACUUUGAACUGUCUAGCGACAGUGAAAGCGAUGGUGGGUUGGACACCAGAAAGUCGUCCACUUCUGUAUCAGAUAGUGAGAAUGAGGAAAAGAGAAGCUGGAAGAAAUCCAAACAGCCUCUGAAGGAUGAAGGUUUGCAGAAAGGGAGUUGCGCUGACGUGAGCGAGAAGGACAGCCUGGUGAACCAUUCGGGGGACGCACAGCUGCUCCCCGGUGAAAAUAUUCACGACAAAACUGAUCUUGAAGCGCAGGAUGAAAGUGAACAGGAAAGCCUUUGUGACUUAGGGAACGGGUGUGCAGACAAGAAAGAAGCUGAAACAGAGUCUCAGAUCAGCGAGCAGUCUGGAAUUACAAUGGGCGAGUCCUUAGACCAGAGUAUGGAGGAAGAAGAGGAGGAGGAUGAUACCGAUGACGAUGACCACUUAAUAUACCUCGAAGAGAUCCUGGUGCGGGUUCACACUGAUUAUUACACAAAGUAUGAUAAAUACCUGAAAAAAGAGAUUGAGGAAAUUCCAGACAUCAGGAAAAUCGUACCGGAACUGAAAAGUAAAGUGUUGGCGGAUGUAACUAUAAUAUUUAGCGGACUCUACCCAACAAACUUCCCCAUUGAGAAAACACGGGAACACUAUCAUGCCACAGCACUCGGAGCAAAAAUUGUGAAGAAUCUAGUACUUAGUGCUGAUGAUCCUGACAAAGCGACGCAUCUUAUUGCAGCAAGGACAGGCACAGAAAAAGUCCGGCAAGCUCAGGACUGCAAGGACCUCCACGUUGUAAACCCCGACUGGCUGUGGAGCUGCCUGGAGCGCUGGGACAAGGUGGAGGAGCAGCUCUUUCCCCUGAAGGAUGACUACAUCAAAACCCACAGAGAGAACAGCCCUGCCACGUUUCCCGACACGCACAGCGCCUUUCAGACGGCUCUCUUUCACCCGACCCCCAUCCAUCCCAAGUCUCAGCCUGGUCCUGAAGUGCGACUUUACGACCCAAACACCGGGAAGCUGAUCAGGAAAGGAGCCCAGGCCUCCGGCCAGUCGAUGUACAUCCAGUCUCCAGCUCCUCCCAUCACCUUACCCGUCCACGGCGAACACUCGUCCUUCAGGUACCUAAAGCACAGCUAA